AUGGUUGUGGGUGCGUUAUCGAUUGAUAACAACAACAGCAGCGUAUCUAUGUACGUGAAGGUGAAGAGUGCAAUGUUGUGUCUGAUUGGCAUUUAUUUGUUUAAACGCGAUACGCACGUCAUGGCUACAAUUACUGUCGCAAUCGCACAUAAAGGGCAAACAUUGCUCUUCUCGCUCUUCCAGGAAUCGUCCAGACGCUGGGGAAUUUUGGAUGCGAUUUUUCACCGCCGUCGGCGCGAUGAAAUAACGCCAGAAGCGUGGGAAUUUUGCUCAUUCGUGAAGUUCGCUAACAGCCAUGAGCCGCCUCAUAAAACAAAGUCACCGCAUCGUGCUUAUAUCGACAAUCGUAUGGAUCCGUGCGGAGAAAGAGCAGCGGAAGGACCGCAGCAGGAUCUACUUGAACGUUGA